CAAUUAUUCCCCCCAUACAGAGCCAGGCUGCAGGCACAGAGGGGAUCAUGUGAGGAGCAAAGAGGACAGCAGGACCACCGGGACAAACCAUGGGGGCAGUUCAGCGGAUCUUCACCUCCACAUGCUGCAUGGGCACUGGUGCUGCCUGUCAGACCAGCAGGAAGUCCACGGUGACCCGGAUCGUCUACUCCUCCAUCCUGCUGCUCGGCACCGUGGUCGCCUGCAUCAUGCUGUCCCCAGGUGUGGAGCAGCAACUGAAGAGGAUCCCAGGUUUUUGUGAGGAUGGGGCCGACUCCUCUAUUCCAGGCCUUCUGAACUGUGAACUGUUUGUGGGCUACAAAGCUGUGUACCGCUUCUGCUUUGGCAUGAGUAUGUGGUUCCUGUUGUUCUCCAUCCUAUUCAUUAACAUCAAGACCAACAAAGACCCCCGAGCUUCCAUCCACAACAGAUACUGGUUCUAUAAGCUUGUUGUGUUGGUGGCAAUUACAGCUUGUGUCUUCUACAUCCCAGAUGAUCCGUUCACCUACACGUGGUUUGUCCUUGGCUCCUGUGGCGCUUUCUUUUUUAUUCUGAUCCAGCUGGUGCUUCUGGUGGACUUUGCCCACUCCUGGAACGAGUCGUGGGUUGGAAACAUGGAAAAGGAAAACUCCAGGGGCUGGUAUGCAGCUCUGCUGGUUGUUAUGACUCUCAACUACAUCAUGUCACUGACUGCUGUCAUGCUCUGCUUCAUCUUCUACACCAAACCUGAUGGGUGCUUCAUCAACAAGUUCUUCAUUGGCUUCAACAUGCUUCUGUGCGUUGUAGCAUCAGCUGUUUCCGUUCUCCGGAAAGUUCAGGAGUUUCAGCCCCGGUCAGGUCUACUCCAGUCCUCUUUUAUCAGCUUGUACACCAUGUUUCUGACCUGGUCUGCCAUGACCAAUGAGCCAGAUCAGGAGUGCAACCCCAGUCUGCUCAGUAUCUUCCAGCAGAUUGCCUCUCCCACACUCCCUCCUGUAGAAACAGAAAAUCAGACGGCUGUGGUUAUCGUUGGCACUGAAGAACCUGACCUGACGUCCCCGUACCUGCAGUGGUGGGACGCCCAGAGCAUUGUUGGCCUCGUUAUUUUUGUCCUGUGCAUUCUCUACUCCAGCAUUCGUUCAUCCAACACGAACCAGGUGAACAAGCUGACCAUGGUCUCCAAACAGUCAUCGAUUCUCGCUGAGCGGGGGGGCAGCAAUGACCUGUCCGAGGAGUCGAUGGGGUCCAGACAAGUGGAAGACAACGAGCGAGAUGCCGUCCCAUACAGCUACUCCUUCUUCCACUUCAUGCUCUUCUUAGCUUCACUCUACAUCAUGAUGACACUUACCAACUGGUAUAGCCCUAAUGCAGAUUACACCAUAACCAGCAAGUGGCCAGCUGUGUGGGUGAAGAUCUCCUCCAGUUGGUUGUGUUUGGCCCUUUACAUCUGGACCCUGGUGGCCCCCAUGAUCCUCACCAAUCGGGACUUCAGUUGAUCUGUGGGUCUGAUCCUUUUUCCUAUUGCAGGUUCAUGACUUCGCUUCUGUGUCAUUUAUAGUGACAAAUAAAUCAAAGUGCCACAAUGGAAA